GGAAGUGCGUAGGCGGCCACCUCUCGUUUCCACCGGAGAAAGAGAGGAAGACGGCGGCGGCGGCGCCAUGGUGAUGUGGGUGUUCGGCUACGGGUCCCUGGUCUGGAACCCGGGCUUCGCCUACGACGCCCGCCUCGUCGGCUUCGUCAGGGACUACCGCCGCGUCUUCUACCAGGGGAGCACGGACCACAGGGGCACGCCGGAGUUCCCAGGGAGGACCGUCACGCUCGAGCAUCAGCCCGGGUCGACAUGCUGGGGAGUUGCUUACAAAAUUUCUAAGGAGCAAGAUAAGGAGACAGCUUUGGAGUAUCUAGAAGUAAGAGAGAAGCAAUAUGAUGAGAAGGUUUACCUUGACUUGUAUACGGACUCUUCCCCCAAAAUACCAGCAAUCCAAAAUGUGAUGGUGUACUUAGCUACAACAAAUAAGGAGGCCAACGAAAACUAUCUGGGUCCUGCUCCACUGGAAGAAAUGGCCAAGCAAAUCUACCUUGCUGAAGGCCCAACUGGACCUAACAAAGAGUAUCUGUUCAAACUCGAGGAUGCGUUGAACAAAAUAGGUGUUGUGGAUGAGCAUGUUCUGGAUUUGGCUAAGGCUGUGCGCGAGUAUUCAGACGACAUAUUAUCUAAAUGAAUAUUCCAUUUCACCCUUUCAUUUGCUAGGUGAAAACUAUGAAGUUAGGAGUGAUUGUUGCGAACCUCCUUUUCUCUUUCUGUAAUAAGUUCUGAACUGACUGUGAGUUGUGAAUAUAUUAAUGUCCAUCCAUAGAUGGAAGUAUAAUAUUCUCA